AGGAGAUUUGAUCGGUCCCACGUGCGCUUGCGUAGCAAUCUACAAGCGUCAGCUGACGCUGCUCUACCUGCUCUCCGAUUAGCUACUGUGGCAGCUCCCGGUAGUGUCAGUCGCAAGGCUUUGCCAGCUUGUUGCGCCAGUCAACGACAGUCAAGUGCAAUAAUACAUUUACUUAUCUUUAGUGGAAUCAUACUGAGAGUAUGGGGGCAACCAACUCUAUAUCCUCUGUCUAUCCAUGCCUGUCCAAAUGAGACAGUGACAUACUAUUGUCAUGGCAGUCAGAUCAGUGUCAUUCUGUGGGAAGUACCACCUUACAUUCCCCGGGCAGACCCCAUACAGUAUGUUGCAGAUCCUCCUGUAGGAAUGUCUGGUGCUAUAAACACGAAUCGUGAGGAUAAAACUAACCUCACCAAUAUCACGAGGUUGAAUGGAAGUGUGGCAGACAUAACUACUAGUCUGAUGAUUAUCACCUAUGGGAUACUGAAUAAGACGACCAUCAUCUGUCAAGUGGUAACAAGAGACUCACAGGAACCUCAGUCAUCAUCAACAUUGUAUUUAACAGACAUACCCAGCUUCAAGGCACCCUCUGUUACAUACCAAGAGAAGGAGAUAUAUUUCACAGCAGUACUAGAGCUGGGAGAUAUGUUUGAUGGAGGAGGAGUUCCAAUUGUUCACUACAUUAUUGAAGUGGACAACGGCACACAGUUGGAAACUCCAGGCCCCACUUACAGUUUUGACAUCAUGUACAAUGCUACACUGUCAGUGAACAUCUCAGCCCACAACUGUGCAGGAUACAGUGAUCCCUUACCACUUGAGAUACAGUAUCAUCAAGAAUUUAUGAAGAAGGACAUGCCUAGUAUGACACCUGGGCUGGACAUGCCCAGUGUGACACCUGGGCUUGAGAAGGACAUGUCUAGUGUGACACCUAGGCUCAAUGGCUCUUCAGUUCCUAUGGCAGCUUGGCUUACUGCAGCAUCUGUGGCAAUUGCUGUCCUGAUCAUCAUGCUGUUGGUAACAGUGACUUGUGCAUAUUACAAACGAAGGUCAAAAACAGUUGUUUCCAUUGCCACAAAUAUAAGAAUGGUUGACAGUGGAAGGAUUGACCUCCAAAGCAAUCAUGGAACUUCAGCAACUGUGGAAUAUUCUUAUGUCCCGGUUACUGCCACCAGAAAGUACUUAGAGCGAGACUGUACAGGUCAAUACAGCACAGUAAUCAACACUGGUCGCUGCAACUCCUCGGAUAAUUUCAUUGGAACAUAUGCUGAGAUUGAGCUCGUCACCACCAGCUCAGCACUCCCACCACCACCAGUGACUGGGGAGACUGUCCAGUACUCCAAACGUUGUCAAACACCACAGGAACCGGUUCAAGGCGAGGUCGUCUCUAACGAAGGAAGAUCACAGAGUCAAGGGGACCAGGAGGGGAACAAUAUGGAGCCCACUGAUCUGCACCCCCUUGACAAUGAUAUCAGUGUUCACUUAAUCCUGCUCCAACUGAGGACUGCUCAGUCGUGUUGGCGUGCUCUGGGUGAGGCUGCUGGACUGGAGAGGGAGACUAUGGACAUGAUUGACGGGGAGUUGGGUGAUGACAGUGCCAAGCUGGCAGAGGUGGUGUUUCGGUGGUAUGAGAGAAAGGAGUGUGUGAGGUGGUCAGAUGUGUCCUCUUUCUGUGAGCAGAUUGGUUUCAACCAGCUAUCCGAGGCCAUUAGCACUGCUUACAUCACCGGGGCUCUCCCAGUCAAAGAUGAUCCAGAGGUGGAGCUCCCAAUCUCAGACAAGACUCCUGCCCCAGUUCUGCCCCCACGCAGAGCAACAUCGGGUGAUAACGAAGGGGCUCCAGCCAUCCCCGACACAGCCCUUGAUCAUUGGUAAUUGAAAUGGAGCCCCAGCCGUCCCUCCACACAGCCAUAGACUUGGAGGUGCCUAUAACGAGGAAGCUUCGGCUAUAUCUCUAGAGAGGACCGAGACUGAUUGUGAUGAAGGGACUCCCCCACCUCCUCCACUUCCUCCUCCCUUAGCCGCUGAGGAUAUCGAUUUUUGAUUACUACCGAAAUACAUUUACUUUAGUCAUUAGUUUAAGUCAUACAAGGAUCAAUAAGACUGCAGCAUUAAUUGUUCAUUAUUUGUUAUCUUUGUAUAAUACGUGUUUAUGAGAUCUUCUGAGCUGCAAAAAAACUUCUGCAUUAAGAACCAGCAUGUGUACCACAUUAUUGGUUUGAACCAUAAAAAUCAUUAUUA